GACGCAUUGAACGCAAUCACAAUUGGACCAUUUACUCAUCAAUCAAGCCCCAGAAUGUUUUAAAAGAAUAGGUAUCCGAAUAUUCCCGUACAUGUAUUCGUGGACCUUCUCCAUAUAUGCAACCAAAUUAACGUAAUUCAUAAACAUCUCCCUACCUACAUGUAGCUCUGGUUGUUAACGUCAAUGGAAACUACUUAUCACAAUAUAUCCAAUACUGUACAUAUGUAGUAGGCCUCUGUCUACCCAAAUACCCCAUCAAUCCCAAUAAGAAUUUUGUCAACCCACGCCGAUAUUGCAUACCAUCUUCAUAUUCUUAAAAUGGCACCAUACGAAGGACUGGUACAUAUGAAAGAAUACGAUUGGAGAGACAGCAACGUGGAAUAUAUAGGAACGGAACUUGACCACAAGGUCAAAUACAAUUCGGCCGCUACCGAACCAGCUUGGCAGGAAGUGGGACAAACACCCGGGCUCUAUAUCUGGCGAAUAGAAAACUUCGAGGUGGUGCCCUGGCCAAAAGAGCAAUACGGCGACUUCCAUGAAGGAGAUAGCUAUAUUGUUUUGUACUCGUACAAGGUCGGGAGCAAGGAUGGAGAAGAAAAACUCAGCCACGAUGUUUACUUUUGGCUUGGGAACAAGACGUCGCAGGAUGAAGCGGGUACUGCCGCUUACAAGACGGUCGAGCUAGACGAAUAUCUACACGGCGUAGCUACACAGCAUCGAGAACUCCAGAAAGAGCCGUCGGAGGAUUUCAUCGCUUUGUUCUCUCGUAUCCGAGUUCUCUCCGGUGGCGUCAAAUCAGGCUUCACACAUGUAGAGACGGAAGAACCGAAGGAGACUCUCACACUACUCAGAAUUUUCAAGCACCCAUCUGCCAAACGGGCUGAUUCUGUCAUGGUCUACGAGGUUGAGCCUACCUGGCAGAGCCUAGACGAUAAUGACGUAUUUGUGCUGGAGCGCAACAAUAAGAUCUGGGUUUGGCAGGGUAGGGGUUGUAGCCCGAUGGAAAAGGCCAAGGCUGCGCAAGUUGUACACGACAUGACGGUUGCAAAACACAUCGAGGUUGAAGUGCUAUCGCAAACGGAGUCAAAAUCACAGACAAUAGUGGCUAUGCUUGGUGGUGGGGACGUCGAGGUAUCAUUUCAAGCCCCCCGACCAAUCGCCUCCAAGAGCCAUGAGGCGGAACAGCGCCCUCGCAGGCUAUUCCGCCUAUCCGAUGCCUCAGGUCAACUGCGGUUUGACCUGGUGAAGGAAGGCACCGCAAUGAGCAGUUCCGAUCUAGAUAGCCACGACAUCUUCCUACUCGACUCCGGCACUACGGUCUGGGUGUGGCAAGGUAUGGGAGCUAGCAGAGCAGAGAAAGUAAUGUGGAUCAAAGUGGCCGAAUCGUAUAUCCGACAGCUCGGAAAGGGAUAUUACAAUCCGAUUUCCAAGGUUGUUGAAGGAAACGAAAGCCUGGCGUUUGUCAGGGCUCUCGAGGCGUGAAUGGUUUCUUACUACAUAUCAUUGAUGUAUAGGUAUGUAUGUAUGUAGUAUAUCUUAAAUUCCUAGGUAUGCAAGUAGUUAUCCUACUAGUUACAUGUAUGUAUUAAUGCAUCACUGAUUCACUGA